AAAAACUACAAGUUUCCUCUACUCGCAGUGUUGAUGUUGGAUGCUGUUGGAAACGAAAAGCGCGUAUUCCAAAGCUUAUUUUACAAUGUAGGGGUUCAUAAAUCUCAGGAAUUGAAUUCUAAGUAGUGUGGUGGGCUGACUGUUUUGUGAAGCAUCGACUUACAAAACUAUCUGUAUGCACUGUGUACAGUAUUCUGGCUUUUGGAUUACACUAUGUGAUUGUAUAGAAUGACUGAUAUUGAAUUGUGCAUGAAGGAGGUGAUUCGUAAGAUCCUGAUCAGCUCUGGAGAACCUUUCAGUACAUCAGAUGUUGUUGUUGACAUGAUCUAUGAUUAUAUUGGUGCAAAUUGGCAUGGAAUGCUUAAAGGCUUGUCAACAUAUUCACCUGAAUUACGUGAUAUAUUAAUAAUGUGCAGAGAUCAGCCUUUACGAUUAACUAGAAUUAUGAAAUAUUUUCGUACAAUUUGUAAUGCUUCACUUUUUAAAGUGAAUAAUUUCAAUGUGGAUGAUGUAGAUGAAUCAUUGUCGUCAUUUGUGAAUGAGACUUACAGUAAUAAGGAUAAUGAUACUGAGAUAGAAGUGGAUAAAAGUCUACAGAAUAAUUGCCAACCUUUCAAUUCUCUUCUACCCUACGGUGGUGAUGAUGAUGAUGAUGAUGUUGGUUCAAAUUGGUCAAGAUUGAAUAAUUUACUUGUACAAUUGUCUAUACCAUCACCGAGUCAACCUGAAGACUUUUGGCAAUCAUUUAAUUGUAGGAUGAAUGAGAUCCACUGUAAACUAGGUGAAGGUCGACUACUUCGUCUGUCAAGAAUUGAUAUGAAAGCGCGAUGUGAAUCAGUUGAAGAAUUUUUAGCCUUCAAUCGUUUAAGACAAUCGGCUAGCUUUUUAAGUUUAACCAGAUCUCGUAAUUAUUAUAAACUUUGGUAUUGGCUUUUCUAUUGUCUAUCGAGUAGUACUACUAGUGGUGGUAGUAGUAGUGCUAAGACUGUGUCAAGACGAACAACAUCCAAGAUGCGAAUGAGGGAAAAUGUUGUAAAAGUGAAUGAUAAUGACACAAAUUUCUUGUCCACUUCGCCUUCAUCACCGUCUACAUUUUCUGCUUUCACAAAUGAUUCAGCAUCUCGUGAAGGUUUAGUUCUACUCGCUCACCUGUUAACCGGUGAUGUUCUAGACGUGAUCGAUAUGGUAUUGUUCAAUCGUAAGAAGUUGAAGAUCAGUUUGUGUUCACCGCUUACACCGAUUGAAAUUAAAGAAGUCUUACGACUGUUUACAAGUGUACUAUAUCCGUUGAAGUGAACAAUAGUGUUAUCGUUGAAGGUUGAAGGAUCGUACUGACAUGUAUGUGUUGCCAUCCACUGAUUUGUACAUUACAUGCCCUGUCCUUUUUCAUAUAUAUUAUUAAUAUUAUGCAGCGCAAUUAGUUUUGAGAACAUGACUUAUUUUUCCCUUGUUGUUUUCGUGUAUGUUUGAUGCUUUUGCGAUUACCUAUCCGUUGCUUCCAUUCCAUAGGAGUGUCGAGAGUUUAUCAGAUAGAGGUGGUAGAUAGAUAUAGACGUGACAUAGACGACUGUUGGUGUGUGGUGUAUGUAACGUGGGAGAUUGAUGUAAUGUCGCUGACACCGCCUUCAGGUGUGUAUGUACUAGACUGUGAGCCGUAUUUGUUGUGCAAGGACUUAUUGUAUUAUCAGGUCGGUAUGACGAGAUUGUAACCAGGAUAUGUACUGCCUGAUAGUCGAGUGGGUAGUAUUCUUCGAUUGGAUCCGAUAUAUCUGGUUGUUAGCCAAUUUAUGUAUACAGUUGCAUUCACUGGUUUUUGGGGUCGUUGGCUAAUCUUCAUUGUUGGUUAAAAGUGACCUGCCUUGUGCAUUUCAUCCAAUUUUUCGUGUGAUGCUGUUUCUGUUAAGGCAUUGUCAUGAGGCCACAUAAUGAGAAUAUAAGUCAAUGAGAUGAUUAAUUUUCGGU